GGUCAAUAUUAACAAAAUGGAUGAUGGGAAUUGGAUACAACUUUUAUCACCCCGAGAGUGGAUAGAUGAGGAAGUCCCAUAUCUUCCAGAACGCUACUAGUUAUGGAUUUGCUGACCAUUCCAGAUGAAUCAUGGAGGAAACACGUAAAAAACAAAUGAGAGUGCUUCUUUUUGCCGGAACUUUCGACCCUAUAACUACAGGGCACUUACUAAUGCUACGUCAAUGUAUCGAAACGGAAUUUUUUGACGAAAUUUGGUUGUUACCAAGCGGUAAACGCACUGAUAAGGCAUUCAGAGUCAGUGAUGAAUGCAGAUUGGAGCAAUGUCACAUCGCAAUAGAAAGUCUACACUCAAAUAAAUCAAAGUUAAGUAUAUGCGACUACGAAAUCAAAUUGGGUAAAAAUAUCGACAGCUAUUUUACAAUGGUACACUUCCAGCAGCAAUAUCCAGAAAUUGAUUUCUACUUCUUCAUAGGAUCAGAUCUGCUGCCACAGAUAUUGUCGUGGCCUUACGGGAAGGAAUUCGUUGAAAUAACUAAAUUACUCGUUGCUUACCGUGAAGGAUACCCAAUCAAUCAAGUAGAUAUCAACAGCCUCAAUGAAUAUCACCUACUAUCGGAUCUUCUCAAAGUCAAAAGCCGAAAAAUGGAAACGUCAAACGCGUCAUCCACCCUGGCCCGCCAACAACUCAGCAACUGCGUCAAAUGCGACGAAGCUGGGACGUUGCACCCAGAAAUUAUGCACUAUAUCAUGGAAAACUCUCUAUAUGGGACGAAAGGAUCACAGUUGACGUAAG